GCUGCAGAUCCAGAGCGCCAGACAGCACGGCGCUGUUUUCAAGCAUCCACUGAGGAGGAGCAUCUGCUGACGGGAAAAUCCGGGACCGAUCAUGGGUUUGUCCUUCUGCUAAUAUUCUCCGAGCCUCUAUCUUUCUACAUUUACAUCAUGGGAUCCAGACUGAGCAGACAGGGCAGUUUGGACAAUGAGAAUUUCGCCAAAAAGCGACGCAAGCUUCUGGAGAGCGGCGGAGAGAGCGACAGGAGCAGCCGAGGCGGCGGGGACUUUCUGUUUGCACUGAUGCUCAAAUCCGACAAACUGCCUGGGAUGCUGCGGAGAACCAACCACAGCCCCUAUAUGAGGAGGGUGAUGUGGAUCAAAGAGAUACAGAAGCUGCUCCGUGACGGGAGGAUCGAGCAGGCGACCGACGUGCUCAAACUACUGAGGAAGGACCUCGGUUUGGAAGGCACCUCGCUCAACGACAUCUUGUACAAAAACGCUGCUUUUCUCAACUUGGUUGACCCGAUCUCCCAUGAGCUGCUGCUCAGCCUGGCUCGAGAGAUGCAGUGUCCCAAGAAGGAUGCAGACACCAUAAAGUCCUCGGAUAAGAUUUGCAGACAGCUCAUCUACCACCUGACCCCGCACUCAAAGUGGCUGAGGCAGAGCAUGUCCAGACGGAAAUCCCAGGCCUGUCUCAAGACAACCCUACAAAAGAAGCUGUCCAGUGACUCGGUGGACUUAUCUGGCAUCCCCCUGUCCACCCGUGAUGUCCGUCAGGUUGCCUUCUACCUCCAGAACAACAGAGACAGCGUGGUUGCAGUGGACAUCAGCUUCACCGAGCUCCACGAUGACAACCUGAGAAUUCUCCUGCCUCUCCUCGCCACAAUGCCCAAACUCAGCACCUUGGCUCUCAACGGCAACCGCCUCACCCUGGGUAUCCUCAAAGACCUAACCGAGAUGCUCAAAGACCCCAAGAUGUUCUCCAGCCUGGCCUGGAUCGACCUGGGCAACAACGUGGACAUCUUCACCAUGCCUCAGCCGCUUCUGGUUGCAUUGCGUCGGCGCUGCAGCCUGAAGAGCAGCUUACCAACAAUCUACGAGUACACAGAGGGUCAGCCCUACUGCUACCACCUGGAGACUUCCAUCGAGGAGCCCAGCCACUACGAAGAGGAAGAGGAGGAGGAGGAAGAAGCAGAGGACGAGGAGGACGACAGGUUCGAGCUGGAGCCGUGGGCUCUGGGGGAGAAGCAGCUCUCCAAAGACUUCACCCUCCACUACUGUGAGAGGUGAUGGAGUAGUGUGUCUCUGACGCCCUUUACACUGUGGUUGAAACGUCCUACCACAGCACUCUGAUAUGUCCUUCGCCCUUUCGCCCUCACACCACGAGCCCGGUCACCCUUCAAGGCACGGAGGAGACCAUUGCCCACAUUGUGAACUUGUCGUCCCGACACAGCUACCAAGCUAAUCCUAACCAUCUCUGAAUUGACCCACACAAGAUGAGAGUGAAGUGACCACUUACCGUGUUGGUGGAUGGUGCUCUUGGGAACGAGAUGUGGUUUCAUUGGAGGGAGUCCAGAAGAGUUAAAAAAAACAGUGCUCUCUCUCUUUCUCCUUCUCUUCCCCUCUAUCUCUCACUCUACAACGGCAGCUGAAGAGCCAAUCCCGAGGAGAUUUCUAUCACUUGGUUGGAUGGAGGAGAGACAUCCCGGCAGUGGCUGAAGUGGAGUUAUUUGGAAACAGAGGCUCCCCGUGGGUUCUCUACCAGGACUCAGACUAUCUCUGGCAGGCAGGGCCUAACUCCACAUUGUGUGUUCUCUGUUAAUCUCUCAACAAAAGCUAUGACACAAGUUCAACAGACUAUACAGCCGACGACCCGUCACGUGACGCCAGCAAAACUGCUAAGUCAAGACUUUUUGCGUUUUCCCCCCCUUUCCAAAUGUCCACUUGUGAAUACCCACGCUGCCCCUGUGUCGAUGUAAAUGAGGACACAAAACACGGCUCUGUUGUGUUUCCACGGGCUAUUUUUGUGCACUUUAGGUGAACAAAGCAAUCUUAGAAGACAACAGGUAGGACGCUACAAUGGAUAGAUUGUUUUUGUACUUGCCUAAAAGCUGAUAUUCACCUCUUUGUCAUUUCUGAGCUGUUGUUGUCCACUGUUUAUUUAAGACUCCGCAGCUAACUGUUUCCAAUGCGAGCACCUUCAAACUGCCCGUCCUACUGCCGUUCGUCUCUGUAAAUGUCGUCUUUUCCAUUUAUUGAUGUUCUUCAGUGGCCCUGUGUUUGUUAUGAGACAGCCAUGACUGUUAUUAUAGGUUAAGUCUGUCUACUGUAGCACAUAAUGAUGGAGUUAGACUGACCGAUACACUGCAGAGCACUUUAAGGGGACUAUCUCUUUCAUAUAUGAGUUUCUCAAUAGCAUAUACUCUGUGUACAUUCUUUAUUACUACAGAUAUUUACCAAGCUAAAGCUGAAUGCAUACCUCUUCACGGUGAAAGACGACCAAAUGGCUCAUGAUUGUUAGGAGGCUCAUUACAAGCAACAUAACUGCACCACCAGAUAUAUAAUAAAUGUUUAACUGUGUGUUAUCUGUGUUUCUACCAGUGACGUGUCUGAUAACUGCUGUAAUUAUUUGUGUUAUUGUUUCGGUGUUUCGUCUUUUGUCCGACUCUGUAAUUAUGAUAAUGUUUCUAAUGACUAUGAAACGGAGCACAGUGACCUCCUGCUGAGCUGUUAACACAAAAAAAACAGCUGAUGGGAUUACACAAUAAAACAGGAAAUGGAUCCAUAAGUCUAAAUUCAAUCACUGCAGGCACAUUUAGGGAUGAAUAUGUAAUCUGCUCUGCAAAAACUCAAAUCAAGGCAAGUGCAUUUGUCUAAUUCUAGUAAAAAUAUCUGAUUAAGACAAAGAUUAAGAUUAAGAUAAACAUCUUAAUUCAAGAUAUAAGAGUCAGAAAUAAAGCCUGUAAUGCUUGUAGUAAGUUGACCACGCAGUAUGGGAACAAUGCAGUGAUUCUUGGCAUCUAAAGCCCCCAUUCACACAGAUGACAGUGCAUAAACAUGCCUUAAAGAGUUGAUUUUUGCUGACAAGACUCCCCCGUUCACGAUAAGUGAGCUUCAGAUUUGGGUAAAGCUAAGCAGCCUCUGUCUGAUAAAAAAAAAUUACCUGAACACAGAUGAGAAGACCACACAGGUUGCUUGCAUCAUGCUGUUUGCUUGUCCAAGGAGAAUCAUUGAAAUCAACACAAUUUGAGGCCCAGAAUAUUUCACUCUUUUAUGCCAUUAGACCAACCUUAACCUUCAUCAUAAACCCAAAAUAUGAGACUCCACUGACGUCAACUGUUAAGACGUUCUUGGGUCAGACUGUUUCUACAAAAAGUUCCCAGACACUCAAACCAUAAAGAAACAACCUUGUCUGCAGGAACAAACAGACUCCUAUCUAACCCAAACAAGUAAAUUUAGACUAUCUGCCCUGGAAGAGAGGAGAGACUCCUAGAGUUCCUGCUCCUGACCUUACAGCUUGGCCUUGAAGUAACUUAACCAUCCCUGAAAAAAUGUUUGCCAACAGACAAACAUAUCAGAGAGACAUACAAAGGAUUUUUCUACAUUUUCAACUUGGAAAUGUCUUGUGGGGCCACAACCUUGCAGGAGUGAGGACGUGGGAAUUAUAGGGUCAGAACAUCCAGCCAAUGGCAGGGAAUAAUUAUGAUCCAUCUAGAGUAAGCAGCUCAAAACAUGAAUGAUACAGCAACAGAGCAGCAGCAGCCAGGAGGGGGCGCUGGGUCCAGUCUGCUCUGAUGUCAAAAUAAAAUGUGCAUAGCUUGAUCAAAAUCAUGAUAAGAAACAUAAUGUAUGAUUGCUUAUCUUAAAAGAUAAAAAAAUAGGUGCACUGGUGGUUGAGUGGUUAAGGCGCGUGCCAUGUGUGCAGGUGACCGGGUUCAAAUCCAGCCCGUUGCACCAUCCCCUGCGUGUCUCUCCCUGUUUCCAACUCUAUCCACUGUCCUAUACAAUAAAGGCCAAAAAUAAAGAGGAUCAGGAAUUUUUGCUAAAAAGAAAAGUUUGAAACAGUGAUGGGAUAGCCCUGUCUUACGGACAUGCCUCUUUUAAAGUCCCUGUAAAGUGAAAAGAAAUCUGUAUUUAGAUUCUUUGUAUUACAGGGUCCCUGUGUUGUG